UCUACGUGAACAUGGCGCAUGUAAACAUCGUUUCUUUUCGAACAAGCAAUGGAAAUGUUUCUGCUUAAUGAUGCUGCUGAUUUUACAUUUACAUUACAUUUAUGCAUGUAGCAGAUGUUUUUAUUCAAAGCAACUUGCAGUGCAUUCAGGGUUUAAUAAUGGAGUUUGUUAAAGAGGAGAGUGAAGACAUCUGUAUUUCAGAAUCAUUCAGACUACAAAAUGAAGAAACUGAGGAACAAAGAGACCAGAUGGAGGUAAACGAGGAAAGUGAAGAACUGAAUGAAGAGGAGAAAUAUCAAUGUCAGAAACCUGCUAACUUCAUAACUGGAGAAAAAUGUUACAGUUACUCACAGACUGAAAUAAAUUUUACACAAAAUACAAAAGCAGAAAAUUCUUCCACAUGCCCGCAGUGUGGAAAGAGUUUCACAAAAAAAGGAAACCUUAAGAGGCAUCUAAGAGUUCACACUGGAGAGAAGCCUUUCACAUGCACUCAGUGUGGAAAGAGUUACACAGACAAAGGACAGCUUACGUAUCACAUGAGAAUUCACACUGGAGAGAAGCCUUACACGUGCACUCAGUGUGGAAAGAGUUUCAUUAAAAAAGGAUGCCUUAAUAGGCAUCUAAGAGUUCACACUGGAGAGAAGCCUUACACAUGCACUCAGUGUGGAAAGAGUUUCAGACGGAAAGAAAACCUUACGGAUCACAUGAGAAUUCACACUGGAGAGAAGCCUUUCACAUGCAGUCAGUGUGGAAAAAGUUCAACAGAUAAACAAAGCCUUAAAAUCCACAUAAGAGUUCACACUAGAGAGAAGCCUUACACAUGUCAUCAGUGUGGAAAGAGUUUCUCAUGUUUAAGCAGCUUAAAAAGGCAUAGAAAUGUUCAUUCAGAAAAGGAAUUACACCAAUGUUCACAUUGUGGCAAGAGUUUCAACCAGGCAAGAAAACUCACAAAUCAUCAGUGCUCUCACUCUGGCUUAACAGAAAACAAUACACUUCAGAAUCACAUGAGAAUUCACACCGGAGAGAAGCCUUUUGACUUGACCCUCCAUGGAAACAAGAAGACUUACUUCUGUUCUGUCUGUGGAAAGAGUUUUUCACAGCUGGGCCAUUUGCAACAGCACCAAAAAAUACAUACAGGUGUGAAAGCACAUGUGUGUUCAGAGUGUGGUAAAGCCUUUCUCCUAUUACACCACUUGAAAAUCCACCAAAUAAUCCAUACUGGAGAAAAACCUUACAAGUGUUCAUAUUGUGGAAAGGGUUUCACCAUGUUAGCGAACAUGAAAACACACAAGAGAGUUCAUACUGGAGAGAAGCCAUACCACUGCAGUUCAUGUGGAAAGAGUUUCUCUACGCCACGAAACCUCAAAAGUCACGAGAUGACAAUGCACACUGGAGAGAAGCCGUACCACUGCACUGCAUGUGGAAAGAGUUUCGGUAUAUCAAGUACUCUACGAAGACAUAUAAAGAAGAAUUGCUCAAAGUUGUCAAAGUUUAACAAAGCAAAACCAACUCCAAGAUCCCCUGAAAAGAUGGAGUUUGUUAAAGAGGAGUUCAUUAAAGAGGAGAGUGAAGACUUCAGUAUAUCAGAACCAUUCAGAUUAAAAAAUGAAGAUACUGAAGAACAAAGAGACCCGAUGGAAGUGAAAGAGGAAAGUGAGGAACUAAAUGAAGAGGAGGAGAAACAUCCAUAUCAGAAACCAUAUGAUUUCAUAACUGGAGAAAAAUCUUAUAGUUGCUCACAGACAGAUAAGAAAUUCUCACAAAAAAGAACUCAAAAAACAAAAACAAAGCGUUCUUUCAUCUGCCCUCAGUGUGGAAAGAGUUUCAGACAAAAAGGACAACUUAAUGUCCACAUCAGAACUCACACUGGAGAGAAGCCUUUCACAUGUCAUCAGUGUGGAAAGAAUUUCACACAAAAAGGACACCUUAAUGUCCACUUAAGAACUCACACUGGUGAGACACCUUUCACAUGCCUUCAGUGUGGAAAGUGUUUCAGACACAAAGAGAGUCUUAAGGAGCACAUGAGAACGCACACUAGAGAGCCUUUUACAUGCCUUGAGUGUGGAAAGAUUUUGGCAAGUCCAUGUAGCCUAAGAAAACAUACAAAUAUUCACUCAAAGCAAUUACACCACUGUUCAGAGUGUGGCAAGAGUUUCAAACAGGCAGAUGGUCUCAGACUUCAUCUGCGCUAUCACUUUGAAGAAAAGCCAUUUAACUGUGAUCAGUGCAGUCAAAAAUUUAUUUUUGCAUCAAUGCUGAAAAGACACUUAAAACUUCAUGAGACUAAUGAGAAGCCUUACAACUGCACUGUUUGUGGAAAGAGUUUUUCACAACUGGCCAAUCUGAAACAGCACCAGAGAAUACAUUUUAGUGAGAAAUCUAACAUCUGCUGCUAUUGUGGCAAAGCUUUUAUCAGAGCUGAAGACUUGAAAGUGCACCAAAGAAUUCAUACUGGGGAAAAACCUUACAAGUGCUCACACUGUGGAAAGGGUUUCAAGCGUCCCAAACAGCAGAAAAGACAUGAGAAUGUGCAUACUAGAGAGAAUCCAUACUAUUGCUCUCCAUGUGGAAAGAGUUACAGCACAUUAAGUACUCUACGGAGACAUUUAAAGAAGUUUUGCCCAAAUGUGACUGAGGAGGACAAACAAGGAAUAACUCCAAGUGUAACCACUGAAGUCUACUGGCACACUAUUGCAAAAAUGAAGUUUGUUAAAGAGGAGAGUGAAGAUAUAAGUGAUCCAGAGCUACGCAGGACGAAAACCGAAGAUACUGAGGAACAAAGAGACUUGAUGGAAGUAAAAGAAGAAAGUCAAGAACUGAAUGACAUAGAGGAGAAACACCAUCAAUAUCAUCGAAGAACAAGAGGCAAAAAGUAUUUUACCUGCCCUCACUGUGGAAAGAGUUUUGCACAAAAAGGAGACCUUAAGCGUCACAUAAGAAUUCACACUGGAGAGAAGCCUUUCACAUGCUCUCAGUGCGGCAAGAGUUUCAGAGAGAGUGGAAUAUUUAAAUGUCACAUGAGAAUUCACACUGGAGAGAAGCCUUACACAUGCAAUCAGUGUGGAAAGAGCUUCAAACAGAGAGGACAGCUUGACGGUCACAUGAAAAUUCACACUGGAGAAAAGCCCUUCUCCUGCCCUCAAUGUGGAAAGAGUUUCAGAGAGAAAGGACAUCUUAAGCGUCACAUGAGAAUUCACACUGGAGAGAAGCCCUUCACAUGCCAUCAGUGUGGAAAGAGUUUCAAACAAGCUGGCCAUCUCACACUUCAUCUGCAAAAUCACUCAGGAUUAAAGCCAUUUAACUGUGAUCAGUGUGGCAAAAAAUUUAUGCGGACAUCAGAUCUAAAGAUACACAUGACAACUCAUACAAAUGAGAAGCCAUACGUGUGUUCUUUUUGUGGAAAGAGUUUCUCUUACUCAGGACACCUGAAAUCACAUGAGAGAGUGCACACUGGAGAGAAGCCAUACCAGUGUACUUCAUGUGAAAAGAAUUUCACCCAAUCAAGUAAUCUAAAAACUCAUUUAAAAAAGGGUUGUUCAAAAUUGUCAUUGUGAGCAUUGUAAAUUUCAGGGUCAACACUUAUGUAUUUAAUGUAACACAACUUCAUUAGGCUGAUUUCCCUGAAAACAAGACUUCAUUUUUUAUGCCAUUUUGCUUGUCAAGUAAAUAUAUCUUGUUUUAUAAAUGUUUAGAUUUUUUAUUGGAAAUCAGGAUAAAAUACUGAAAAUGACAAUACUAAGAAAAUGACAGUUUGCAGUGUAUAAAUAUUCAUAAUCUUGCAUAACAGGUAUCUACCAGAUCUGAUGUCAUUACCUUUAGAAAUUACAGAAUUAACCUUUAGCAUAUCACAUAAAUAGAGUGAAAUUCAAUUGGGUUUUGUUACGGUCUGUGAUCCCAGUCUGGAGUUCUCUCUUUCGCUCUCUUUUCUCUCACACUCUCUCUUGCUCAUUCUCGCUCUCUGAGCGAAUAUGGGUGUGUGUUCUUUUAGGUCUGCCUUUGUGCACCUGAGACUCGUCUGCUCGUUAAGCCCCGUUCACAUUGUCAGCGAUUUUGUUGCUGGAUGCGACAAGAAAUCAUUCAUUUUCAAUGAGAGCUGGAGACAUCCGGCGACAUGAGUGACAGCGACCAUUGGCAACAGGAUGUGGGAAUGUCAAGAGAUGUGACAAAGCUGAGAAAAGUUUAACUUUAUGCAAAUGCAGUGAUAUCGCGCAGCGACUACCAAUGAGAGAAAACAGCGGAGCUCACACCAUCCUGUGAGAUACUGGAAUCGAGUGCAGGAAAGAUGGAGAUGUAAAUGUUGUCAUCAGUUUCCUUUUUCAAAAUCAUUUAUUUGUAACCACAUUCCUUUAUCUGUAACCACAUGCAUGGAUAUAAUAAAACAUAGAGAACCGUGU